AUGCGAGGGCCGGGCGUGCGUGGCCGCACCCGGGUGGAAGUCCUCGGAGGCAUGGCGGGCGGUGCACAGGCACAGGCCUGGAGAGAGACAAAGCAUGGAGGACACAAGAAUGGGAAGAAAGGAGGACUUUCUGGAAGUUCCUUUUUCAUGUGGUUCAUGGUCAUCGCGUUGCUGGGAGUUUGGACAUCAGUAGCGGUUGUUUGGUUUGAGCUUGUUGAUUAUGAGGAAGUUCCAGGAAAACUAGGAAUCUAUGACCCUGAUCGUGAUGGAGAUUUUGAUGUAGAUGAAUCCAAAGUUUUAUUAGGACUUAAGGAAAGAUCUGCUUCAGAGCCCAAAGUCCCACCAGAAGCGGAGCCAGAUGCUGAGCUGGAGGAGCAGGCUCCUAUGGGGGCAGAACCCAAGAAUAUCGAAGAUGAAAUAAACGAACAAAUCCAGCCCCCUCUCCAUGAAAUGGUACACAGAGAACAUGUUGAAGGAGAAGACCUGCAGCAAGAAGACGGUGCCCCGGUGGGAGAACCACACCUGGAGGAUGACCACUUCCUCACGGCCCCUGAUGUACAUGAUAAAUCUGAGACCCUGGAACCUGAAACAUUUCAUGAAGAUUCACAGGACUACCAUCAGGAUUUGGAAGAGAAGACAUAUGAACAGGAAGCUCCAGAUUCCAGUGAACCAUUAGUAGCUGAUGGAAGAUUGCAGCAUGACGAAGAUGGUGUAACAUACCAAGACUAUGAUGAAAAAGUAUAUGAACCUUUGGAAAAUGAACCUUUGGAAAACGAACCUUUGGAAAACAAACCUUUGGAAAAUGAACCUUUGGAAAAUGAACCUUCAGAAAACAAUCCUGUGGAAAAUGAACUUUCAGAAAAUGAACCUUCAGAAAAGGAAAGGAUAGAAAUCUCAGAUACUACUGUAUACAGUGUAGAAGAUUCAAAUGUAAUUGCAGAAGUCACUGUUCCUCUGGUAGAAGAACAGCAGGAAGUCCCACCAGAUACUUAAAGCUUCAAAAAGACUGCCCCUACUACCACAGGAGGACCAGCCUAACCAUACGCUCCAAAAGAUGGCUGUGCUAGAUCUUGUGAAGCAGUUACCGAGCAGAUCAAGAUCUUUGGGAGAGAGCACUAAAGAUGUCUUGAAUGCAUUGUAGUCCACUGGCAUUUUAGUGUAUUUUUAUUAUUAUUUUUUUUAGAAACUAAUGUUUCUAAAAAAUGUAAUGUUACAUUCCUGCGUGUCCUUUUUUGAUAGCAUUAGUUGAUUCAUUGGGUUUCUUUUCUUUUUUUUUCUUUUUGUGACAAAGUUUUUAAGUCUUAUGUGACUUUAAGUGUGUGUGUGUAUUUUUUUUUUUUUUGACAACAGUUAAUAAUGAUAUUGAUGAUGUAGCAGCAGUUGUCUUUGGAGGGCUUUAGUAUAUUGUAGGAAUGAACACUAACUUUUAGAACUGACUUGUUGUUAAAUGUGAUUUAAAAGCUGUUUAGACUGC